AUGCUGGACGGCAAGAAGGUGCAGAAGGCCUUCCAUGUGACGACGCUGUACCUGCGUCGUGACGCCUGCAAGGACCCUGUCCUGCUGCGGCAGCUGGUGGGGCUGCUGGGCGAGUCCAUUGAGCUCACGCCGACGAGCGUUGCGUCUGAUCCGAAGGGGACGGCGAUCGCGGUGCGCAACGAGGGAGAGUUCCCUGCGAAAAUGUUUAUCCACACAUCACCAUCGCGAACGCGCCGGGUGUUCCGCCUGCGCACAGCAACGAGCUGCUGGACGAUUCCCAUGCGGAUGACCCGUGCCGCACCGUCGACAGUCUCCCCGCCGGCACACGCGUCACCGGGACAUUUGUCUUCAGUUGGCCGUGAGAGACACUGCGGUGCUCGCCGCUGGCUGCAGUGGCAUCCUCUGCCACCCCAUGCUGGGCUCGUGGGGCGCUGGCGGCCGUGGUGGUGUAAGCACCUGCUUUGUGACUGCAUCGCCGAGUGUAGUGCAUGA